CACAUUUUCCACUUGGUGGCGCCAUCACAGGAUAACUGCCGCUACUCCACGAAGAAGAGACUGGUUUCUGUGAUUAUGGCUGCUGUCAUGAGAAGUGGACUGGUAACACUGUUCAAGGGUCUGAGUGGCCCACAGUGGCAGCAGCUUUUCUGUCGACCCUUGAGCAUAUCUGCAGUUCGCUCUGGUCCCGAAGCGCCACCCGCUCGUGCAGAUGCAACCUUUAAGGUCACGAUGGUUCCAGGAGAUGGUGUUGGACCUGAGCUGAUGUCUGCUGUCAAGGAUGUGUUCAAAGCAGGUGAUGUCCCUGUGGAAUUUGAGGAGUUUCAUUUGAGUGAAGUACAGAACAUGGCCACCGAGGAGAAGCUCGAGCAAGUAUUGAACUCUAUGAAGAGCAACAGAGUAGCAAUUAAAGGAAAGAUCCACACACCCAUGGAGUUCAAAGGGGAGUUGGCGUCAUAUGAGAUGAAACUGAGACGUAAACUGGACCUGUUUGCCAAUGUGGUUCAUGUGAAUAGCUUGCCGGGCUAUACCACGCGCCACAACAAUUUGGACCUUGUGAUCAUCCGAGAACAGACAGAGGGGGAGUACAGCGCCUUGGAGCAUGAGAGUGUGACCGGUGUGAUUGAAUGUCUGAAAAUCAUCACCAGAACGAAGUCAAGGCGCAUCGCCAAGUUUGCCUUCGAUUAUGCCACCAAGAAGGGGCGAAACAAGGUCACAGCUGUUCACAAGGCCAAUAUCAUGAAAUUAGGCGAUGGCCUUUUUCUGCAGAGCUGUGCGGAAGUGGCACAGCUCUACCCCAAAAUCAAAUAUGAGACCAUAAUCAUCGAUAACUGCUGCAUGCAGUUGGUUCAGAACCCUUACCAGUUUGAUGUGCUGGUAAUGCCCAACUUGUAUGGAAACAUUAUUGACAACUUGGCAGCAGGACUCGUAGGAGGGGCCGGCGUGGUUCCCGGCGAAAGCUACAGUGCAGAAUAUGCAGUUUUUGAGACGGGUGCCCGCCAUCCCUUUGCACAAGCAGUAGGAAGGAACAUUGCCAACCCCACAGCCAUGCUGCUGAGUUCCGCAAACAUGCUCCGGCACCUCAAUCUGGAUUAUCACUCCCAAAUGGUGUCAGAUGCUGUCAAAAGGGUCAUCAAACAAGGGAAGGUGCGCACCGGAGACCUUGGUGGUUACGCCACGAGCGACGAGUUCACCCGAGCUGUCAUCGCUAACCUGGCUGCUUAAUCAUUCAAUCAUUUGCAGCUCUGUCAGCUGCACAGACAGACACGGGCUUAUUCAUUUGCUUCCUGUGGACCUCUUCUCUCCACUGGACCUACUCACACUUAACAUCGUUGUCACUGAUUAGAUCUUGAAACGGAAAACUGAAGUAUCCCAAAAGUCUUAUUAUUGUUGUUGUUUUUUUGCAUGAAGUAUUUUAGGCAUUUCUUACAGUCAUUCCUACUUGAAUGUCACGAGUGUGCACAGCAGUGGUAAAUAUUCUUUAACAUUUCAGAUUAUGUAUUAUCUCAACUAUCAUAUUGCCUCUUUAUUUAUAAUGAGAUACGAAAAAUAAAAUGGGUGUGAUGUGACAAUCUGUCAGAAUCUUUGUCUAUUCACUGUUAGGGGAAGCACACACUUUGCAGCCACUUGACCUCACUAGAUAUGACAGAAAUGCUGUUUUAGAUAGGGACAAAAUACAUGCAUAUGUGCAAAAUACGUGCUUUUAAUAUAUUGCAUUUUUUCUGAAAAAAAAUGUCUCAAUGCAUGAAUAAAAGAUCCACUAUCCUAA